UGAAUACCAACGUACUAGCAACUAUCAAUUUAUAGUUGAACAUAACCAAAAUUUGCAAUAAGAUUCGAUUGAGGCUUACUGAAAUAGAACCCUAUGGUAAAAUCGUGGUAUGAAAUUGUAAUUUAGAUUAACCAAUACUUCAUUAUUCUUGCUUAAAAUGUGGAAAAUAAAAAGAAUGGCUAUAAUCAGCAUCGCGAUUAUGUUGACUAUACUUUUGUUUACAUACAUAUCGGCGCAGCAGGAAAAAUAUCGUCGGUUUUCGGCGCCAGAUGACAUCGGCGAGUUGUCGGAAUCCAGUGCGUCCUUCGUGACGGAGUUUUGUAACCACACUUUGGCACCGGUUCCCACAAAACCCAAGGUUUGCAUCUUUGACCCUCAAGAAGACAUGUACGUCUCAAAACACAUCAUGAUGGGCCUCAUAUGGGAUAAGAAAGGUGUUGCCACAGUGCUGACUCAUUUAAUCCAACUGCAGAGUGCUGGACUUGAUCCGGUGCUAUUGGAUCUCGGAGCCAACAUCGGAACCUUUUCCAUACCGUCCAUUAGCUACGGUGUUAGAACAGUUGCAGUUGAGCCAUUGAAUUCGGCAAUGAAACGUCUGGCAACUUCAGUGAGUAUGAAUAAAUUCCACCCCUCACUGUUCUCUUUGCAUCGGAAGGCAGUCUCGGACAGACGGGGUUGUGUGAUGUCCCGCACAGACCCACUCAACAAGGGGGGCUCAGAAGUGGAUCACGUGACAUGCGAUGAAAACACUGAGCAGAAGAGAGAUGUCACAAAAGCAGUAACCGUCGACGAUCUUGUUACUCAUCUGCCAAUUAAAAAACUAAACGUUGUGAUCAAAAUGGACAUACAAGGUUUCGAGCCGCUUGCUCUCAAAGGCGCCUCAAACCUCUUCAAAACACACAAUGUAACUCUAAUUUACAUGGAAUGGUCCGAGCUGAAAGGAGCUUUAGUCACCAAUGUAAAAGCGACGCCCUACACAGACACGAUUGAACAAGUGAUGAACAGACUGGUUAAUCACAUGGAGUUUUCUGUGUUCUCGAAAGAACUGGGAUCUCAGUUAUAUUGGGAGGACAGAUUACACUGGAGUGAUAAUAUAUUCCUGGUGCAAAAAGGAAUGGAGAAACUGUUCAGAAUCACAGAUCAGAUACCAAGUCCACUAAAAGUGGCUUGAACACCAAAAAGCAUAUAUGUUUUGUUGUCGAUGAGUGACUGAUCGUUUUUAUUAUUAUAAGUAAUUAUUUCUAACUUGAAGAGAUGCAGUUUGGGAAAUCUGAAAUUGUUUUUCAUAAUUUCGGUUUUUUUUGUAUUUCGCCUGCUUGUAAUUUUUAUAUAUCAAUUUCAUUAAAUAAUGAAAGUUUUGAAACUGAAAAAAAAACUGAUUGUUCCAGGGCAAAGCCCGAAUGGUCCGACUGCCAUUUAACUAGUCUCGAAUAAUUUUGAUUUAAAAAACAUUGAAUUAAGUUUUUGAUUUUUGA